AUGUAUAAUGUGGUCAACUUCCGGCAAUAUUUGAAUGUUUCACAUCAGCUGCAGUUACAGUUGUCAUUACUGGCCUGUGUAAAGAUUUUACAAGGGAACAUCGAUGAAAAAAUGGCACAAAAUCGUAGCAGAUCUGGUAAAAACAAGAUCAUUCCUAGAUCUAUCACAAAGACAGCACACAGCAAUGGUUCAAUUACCUACAACCUGCUCGCAAUCACUGACAUGGAUGAAGCAGGAAGAGAGGCAAAAGAUAAAUAUAACUGGCGCGCUGUAACUAGGAAUGGAACACUUACUAUAAGUCAAGACAAAAAAACGGUGACCGUGAACUGGUUGGAGAGUUCUGAUAAGAAUAUCACUUCGGGACUGAAUUACAAAGGAAGAGCAAUGGAGUUGUCGGAUCUCUCAGAAUACAACGGACACCUCCUCUCACCUGACGAUAAGACCGGAAUGUUGUACGAAAUUGAAGAUGGGAAGGCAAUUCCAUGGGUUUUCCUUAACUCUGGACCAGGAAACACAACUAAAGGAAUGAAAGCAGAGUGGUUAACUGUAAAGGAUGGUUUGCUGUAUGUAGGAGGCCACGGUUGUGAAUACAGAAACAAGACCGGAGCUGUAGUGAGCGAAGAUGCAAUGUGGAUCAAGACCAUAACAAAAGCCGGAGAGGUAGAAGGCAAGAACUGGACGGAUAUUUAUUCGAGAAUGCGCGACAUAGCUGGGUACUCAGCUCCCGGUUACUUGACGCAUGAGGCUGCACAAUGGUCAGAGAUUCGUAAGAAGUGGUAUUUCCUACCUAGAAAAGCUUCAACAACAGCCUACAAUGAGAAAGACGACGAGACGAAGGGUGCCCACAUUUUAAUCGAAGCUGAUCCCGAACUAACCGAGUUCAAGGUGAUUUACGUUAAAAAUCCCAAAGGUAGUCGCAAGGAUCAUCCAGAAAGAGGCUUCUCUGCCUUCGACUUCAUUCCAAAUACUGAUGAUAAACUGUUUGUUGCAAUUAAAUCAAAGGAAGUGACGGGUAGUUCUCCUGAGAGCUACAUUACCGUGUUCAACGUCGAUGGUCAGGGCUGUUUGGAACGUCGCGUUUACCACCAACAAAUUCUUCUCAGCUUCAAGAUGCGGUUCCACAAUAAAAACCAAGGAGUUCCUCUUCAACCAAAAAUCGACAUGUCAGUCCCCAACACUGCUAAUGGAGUGACCGCCGGUAAAGAAACCCUUCCAAUUUGGAGGAAUCACUUCAAGGACAUGCUGAACCCGCAAACGUCGUCAGUUCCUGAACUUCAGCACGUUGAUGGACCGACUUAUGCGGUUAACGAAGAACCACCGACCGAGUCAUAG